UCAAGUUGUUUUUUUGCAGUGAGCUGCUUUGCAGAGGCUCAGAAGGGUUCCUCUCUUGUUUUCUUUCGUGCUCUCUUGUUUUUUAACCCAGCGUUUUCUUUUAAUUAGACGCAAUGUUUUCCUCAACCCUUGCCCGAUUUAAAUCCUAGCGCAGUUUCAUUAUGUCACUUCUUUUCAGAAUAAACUGCUUUUCUCGCAUUUUUUCACUCGAAUACCCUCGUCUUUUUGUCAUCCGCGGUGAAUGUAACCCAGGUCUGACCCCGUUUUAAUGCUUUAGCCUUCACAGCAUCACACCACCAGUGGAGAUGUUUUCGUUAGGAGAGAAGGUUAAUCCCCAUUUGUUUAGCUCACUGAAGGAGUCCCCUGGUGCUGUAAUCUCCCCAACACUGGAGCUCUGUCUCACUACCAUCUACACCGUCCUCUACUCUUUCCUGUUUAUUUACGUAUACCUGCAGCUCUGGCUCAUUUUGCAUUAUGGACACAAGCGAUUCAGCUACCAGAGUGUGUUUUUGUUUCUCUGUUUGCUGUGGGCAGCGCUGAGGACGACCCUCUUCUCUUUCUACUUUAAGAAUGUAGUGCAGGCCAGCCAGUUGCAGCCUCUGGCCUACUGGCUGCUCUACUGCUGCCCUGUCUGCCUGCAGUUUUUCACACUCUGCCUGCUCAACCUCUACUUCACACAGUUCCUGCACCAGUUCUUCACUGCUGAACAGCACUGCUCAACAUGGACCUCACUGAGAGUGAUGUUUAAGGCUAAAGCCAAGUAUUCCCCAGAGUUCAGCAAAUACAAGGUUCCUCUGCGCUUGUUGUUCCUGUGUCUCAGUAUAUUUUUCUUGGUGGUGAAUUUAACCUGUGCAUUGUUAGUGCAAGGAGCUCUGGAGCGCUCUGAGUCACCAAGUGAUGGGGGUAUCAGACAUGCAGUCCUGGCUCGGGUCCUGAUCAACGACGGUCUGUUUGUCCUGUGUGCUGUCUCUCUGGCCGUCUGUAUCUUCAAGGUCGCCAAGAUGUCCUCUGCCAACGUUUACCUUGAGUCCAAGGGUACAUCAGUAUGCCAAGCAACAGCCGUAGGAGCUGUGGUGAUUCUUCUCUACACAUCCAGAGCCUGUUACAACCUGGUAGUGGUGGCCCUGUCCUCACAGGACAGACUGAGUCCUUUCAACUAUGGCUGGUACAGUGUUUCUGAUCAGGCUGAUGUGCAAGAGAUCAGUGGUGAAGCCUACAUUGUGUUUGGGAUCAUUCUGUUCUUCUGGGAGCUGCUACCUACCAGCUUAGUGGUGGUUUUCUUCAGAGUCCAGAGACCCAACCAAAAUCUGGCUCCAGGAGGGAUGAUCAACAGCCACAGUUUCAGCUCCAGAGCUUAUUUCUUUGACAACCCUCGACGGUACGACAGUGAUGACGACCUUUCCAGAAGUAUUAACAAUAGGACUGAUCGGGCCAGUCUCCUCUCCACUACUCCCCAGCUGGGUUCAUCUAGUUGGUAUGGCUCAAUCCAGCGUAGCGGGACCCUGACAGCGGGUGUUGCCUCCACCCAGCAACCACCAUCUUCCACAGCCCCCCUCCUUUUAGCCUAUGGAACCACCCAGAGUCACCACCACAACUACUACUCCACCCCACAGAACCACCAUCAUCACAGUAAUUACUAUUCCACAUCACAAAAUUAUUACUGUGGGUCACAAACAUACUUUUGCACCCCACAGAAUUAAGGGUACAUUGUCCAGAUUGAAGAAGAAUAAUAUCUAACAACUGCCUGUGUUUGUGUCACCAUUUUGCUUCUCCAACUACAUCAAAGCAGCUCCUUUUGAGUAAUAACCUGAAAUAUUACUGAGGACCAAGUAUGAAGGUUCACCAAACUUAUUCUGGAGAAAUGUGGUCGAAUCAGCAAUGGCAUGUAUGGACAUGAGUGACAGGAAGCGCAGGCUAUGGACCAGAUUUUUAGCAUUAAUAUGGCUAAUACACUGAAAACAACAAAGACCAAACUUCUUCUGUUAAAUGUUUUGGUCAUAUUAUCAUUUCAGACCAGAAUCAUCAGAGACCAGACAAUCAUCACUCUCAUCAUCCUUUUUUUUCUUUUCUUGUAAGUUUGAUUCAGUUGCACUUCUGUGGAAGGUAUAUUUCUGCACAGCCGAGAUCCAUGUAGCAAGCUUAUCAAGCUAAUUUGCUGAAGCUGCAAUGGUCUAUCAGUCAAGAUUCACUCAACCUUUGUCAAACUGCUAUUUGGGUUGUCAACCCUAGGUUGUGUGACUGAUUUUAUUGGGAAUAUGUAUGAUUUUAUUUGUAUUUUAAAAGGGCAAUUUAGGCUGGAAAACAACAGUAAAGGAUGCUAGGCUACUAGUUUGAGCUUCAAAAAGUGUAUUCUGAUUAUGAAAACCAAAUGAUAUGCAUUUAGAAAAGGCAUUUCAUUGUGUUUCUCACUUUUAGCUCUGAAUACAUUAGAACAGUAAUUAGCUUUUUGCUGUUGGAGCUAGCUUAUGUCCAGCUCCAACAGCAAAUGGCAAAUAACAGCUUGAAAAACUUUUAACCAAGAAAAUUCCCAGAGGCCCAACAAAACCAAAAUACGAAAAGCUAAUGAAACUUUGAUUCAUCACAGACUGUGACAAAUUUUGUUUUCACACUGAUGGUUAAUUUGGUGCCACACAUAGAAAGUUUUACAAAUGCUGUUAGCAAGUUUAAGACUGCUCAGUUCCACUUAACCCAUGGAUCCCUCUGUAAUUUGAGAUGUAAAAUAAGCUUUUUGUAAUUUUCAUAACUUACUGUAAUAUUUCAGUUUUCACAAAUAUUAUCCAUGUAAACUUCCUACAGCCCCAAAAUAUAUGUUUAAUUUGUAUAUCUGUGGUAUUAAUGGGUGUUAAUUUGAAUAUCACAAGCUUGAUCAAACAUGUCAGUGCUGUUGGAUAAAAAUAUUUAACAGCAGCCAAAUCCAGACUUCCUUAUCCACAGUUAUGGAAACUAGUGAAACCGUACAACUGGAGUGACCAGGUUUUGUCAUAUUAUGGCUACAAGUUGCUGGAUAUUAGGGAUAAAACACAUUACAUUAAGUAACUUACAUUCAGAACCCUGUUAAUGUUGUUUAUUAACAGGGUGGAAGAGUCUCUGUGACACAUCUAAGACCAAAAAUGUAAUCUGAUUCUUUGUGAGCUGUGAGGCAACAAUUUGCACUUAGGAAUUUGCCUUCAGAGAGAAAGGUGUUUGUGUCUGAAUGUGGGAUCUCACUAACCAACCUGUCUGUAUUCUUUAUGUUACUAUUUAUCCUUUGAGAAAGGAAAUAUCAGUGUGCCAUCAUGCUGUCAUAUCUAAUAGUUUCAUUCCUCAAGGAAAAUAUUUUUGCACAAGAGAUGGUCGGAUGGUGUAUGUUUUUAAUUGUGUUUCCAAGUUAAUCGAUUACGGAUCUAUGUGUGUUAAUGAUAUUAAGUAUGUGUGUGAUCUUAGAUUUUUGGUUUUAGAGUUGGUAUGCUUUUUAUACAUUGGUUUUUAUUGUACAUUAUUACUUUCUAACACACCCCGCCUUUCGCCCAAUGCCUGCUGGGAUUGGCUCCAGCCCCCCCGUGACUGCGUUCAGGACUAAGCAGUAUGUGAGAUGAGACUUUCUAACACAUUCUAUAGUUUUUAUUUUCAUUGUUUUUCAUUAUUACAUGUUUUCUGAAUCUCAUGACAACCUGUAAGCAAUAUGUCACUUUAAUGGGACAUUUUUCAUACAUGACCUAGUUCUCAGACCAAAAUCUGUGUAUCUGUGCUGCCCCUUUGUUUUUAAAACCAUGGUGUUGUACCUGACUUCAUCUGUCAUGAAGAUCAAUCUGUAAAAGAAAACUCAACAUCUACAGUGCAUGCUUCUGCAUCAGAAAAACCCAGUGUCAUAUUUUCUCUCCAAGGUGAUAAUAUUUGUGUAAACGGUAUUUGCUCUGUUAUAAUUGUUUUAUGUUAUGGGUUGUUUUAGUCAUGGCCAUACUGAAUGUAGCCUAUUGUGCAACAGAUCACUAACAAUGUAUGCAACAAAAGCACUACCAUGUUUAAAUAAAGGCCUACUGCACUGUUUUUAAAGACCAAAGGGAGCCAGUAUUCAUCUAGCAGUGUGUUACUUCAAACAUGACACAAAAUAUACAAUACUUUGCAGUUUUGCACCAAACACAACUGAGUCAGAUGUGAUUCGUGUCAUCAGUGCAUACUUUAUA